UCUGUCUGCCUGACUAGGCAGAGAGGCCCCCGGACAAUUGAAUAUUUCUCCUAGAUACUAAGCUCUAGUAUCUAGUGAGAGCAAGAAGUUCUUUUGACUAUUUAAUGAAUGUGAUGUUCGCUGAUAUGUGCCUGCUGUUGGACAUUUCAACCUAUUUCACACUUCACAGCUCUCCAGUUCUCUUGGUUAUAUUGUUUUCUUUUUCUAUCAGCGAUAAAUCUUGCAAGUCAUACAAAAUGGCGUCUGCUUCUGGUGUUUUGAUUGACCAAGACUGCGUCACCGCAGCCAAUGAUCUUCGAUUUGCAAAGGGAUCGAGUAAGAUCAAGUUCGUUAUCUUCAAGAUCACCGACGACGAGCAGCGCGUUGUUGUUGAAGAGACGUCUCCUGAUACUGAAUAUGGGACUUUCCGCCAGAAGCUUCUCUCGGCGGUUGACAAGUCUGGAAAAUCGGCUCCGCGCUAUGCUCUCUACGAUGUCGAUUACGACCUUGGGGAAGAUGGGAAAAGGACUAAGACGAUCUUCAUAUCUUGGGUUCCACAGACCUCGCCUAUCAAGCUUCGCAUGCUCUACGCCAGUACAAUGGAAUAUUUGAAGAAGGCAGUCAAUAUGAGUGUUUUUAUUCAUGCUGAUGAUCAAGAGGACAUUGAGUGGGAGGAGUUGGUCAAGGCUGCAAGUGGUGGCAAAGCCAAAUGAGGCCACCAUUCAGGACUCCAAGGCAUGAUUAUUGGUUUUUACCAAGUAAUUUAAAAUGCCUCUCAAAUUCAUCUUUCUUUUUUAUCUUUGUUCUAGACAAGGAUCUGAAACAAUCAAGCUUCUUCUCCCA